AUGCUCACCACCCGUGGCGCCGUCGCCCGUUUGUCAAGGCGAGCAGCUAGCUCUGCUAAAAAAACCAACGCCUUCUUCUCUACCGCUGCUCUUUCUCAGCGUGUUCCUUCACAAUCCUCUUCUUCCCGUCAAUCCUCGUCUCGUCCUCAGCGCGCUUCUCCUGUAGCUGCUCGCUCGUACGCUACUGAGGCCAAGCAGGUCGUUGGUUCGGUGAAAACCGUCAUUGGUGCCGUUGUUGACGUUCAGUUCGACACUGAGAAUCUCCCUCCAAUUCUCAAUGCACUUGAGGUCCAGGACUUCCAUGGAGGCCGUCUUGUCCUUGAGGUCGCGUCCCACUUGGGUGAAAACUCAGUUCGUACAAUUGCCAUGGACGGUACGGAAGGUCUUGUCCGUGGACAGAAAGUUGUUGAUACUGGGGCUCCCAUUCUCGUCCCUGUCGGAACUGGUACACUCGGUCGUAUCAUGAACGUCAUCGGUGAACCCAUUGACGAACGUGGUCCUAUAAAGGGUGUCAAACUCAGCCCUAUCCAUGCCGACCCUCCACCAUUCGUCGAGCAAUCGACUACUGCUGAGGUUCUCGAGACUGGUAUUAAGGUUGUUGACCUUCUUGCUCCAUAUGCUCGUGGUGGAAAAAUUGGUCUUUUCGGAGGUGCUGGUGUUGGCAAGACGGUGUUGAUUCAGGAACUUAUCAAUAACGUUGCAAAAGCCCAUGGUGGUUUCUCUAUCUUCUGUGGUGUCGGUGAGCGUACCCGUGAGGGUAACGACUUGUACCACGAAAUGAUUGAAACUGGUGUCAUCAACCUUGAAGGUGACUCCAAGGUUGCCCUCGUUUUCGGUCAGAUGAACGAGCCCCCGGGUGCCCGUGCUCGUGUUGCCCUCACUGGUCUUACUAUUGCCGAGUACUUCCGUGACGAGGAAGGUCAGGACGUGUUGCUCUUCAUCGACAACAUUUUCCGUUUCACUCAGGCCGGUUCCGAGGUGUCUGCCUUGCUCGGUCGUAUUCCUUCCGCUGUCGGUUACCAACCCACCUUGUCCACUGAUAUGGGUGGUAUGCAAGAGCGUAUUACCACCACCAAGAAGGGUUCUAUCACAUCUGUCCAGGCUGUUUACGUCCCCGCCGAUGAUUUGACUGAUCCUGCCCCGGCAACAACUUUCGCUCACUUGGACGCUACCACUGUCUUGUCUCGUGGUAUUGCCGAGCUUGGUAUCUAUCCUGCCGUUGACCCUCUCGACUCCAAAUCUCGUAUGCUGGACCCCCGUAUCGUUGGCCGCGAGCACUACGACGUUGCUACCGCUGUCCAAAAGAUUCUCCAGGACUACAAGUCGCUUCAAGAUAUCAUUGCUAUUCUUGGUAUGGAUGAAUUGUCGGAAGAGGACAAGCUCACUGUCGAACGUGCUCGUAAGAUCCAGCGUUUCAUGUCGCAACCUUUCCAGGUCGCUCAGGUUUUCACUGGUUACGAGGGCAAGCUCGUGUCGCUCAAAGACACCGUUCGCUCCUUCAAGGAGAUCCUCUCGGGUGCUCAUGACUCUCUGCCUGAGUCUGCCUUCUAUAUGUCCGGUACCAUUGAGGAUGUCAAAGCCAAGGCUGAGCAGCUUGCCAAGGAGAUGGGUAAUUAG